ACCAUUUCCCUCCUCUCGAAUUCGAUAAGAAAGAAACGAAGGCGAGAAGAGUUAGAUAAGCGGCCGUUCUUCAACCAAUCGUCGCGUCUUCUCCAUUCCAUCCAUGAUCCAUCCAAUGCCUCCGACUACGAUGGCUUCCACCUCCAUCGUCCUCCCCGCCGUCGCCUCCGCCUCCGCCUCCGCCGCCGCUCGCCGCCACCCCUUCUUCAGCCGCCGCAUCCCCUCCCGCGUCCCUGCCACGCGCCUCCGCCGCACGUCUGCGCGCCCGCUCGUCGUCGUCUCCGCCUCGGCCUCCACGCCCGCGUCGUCGUCGCUCGACGCCCUCAUCUUCGACUGCGACGGCGUCAUCCUGGAGUCGGAGCACCUCCACCGUCAGGCCUACAACGACGCCUUCGCGCACUUCGGGGUGCGCUGCCCGCCCGACUCCGCCGACCCGCUGUACUGGGACGAGGCCUUCUACGACGAGCUACAGAACCAAAUCGGCGGCGGGAAGCCCAAGAUGCGGUGGUACUUUGGGGAGAAUGGGUGGCCUUCUUCACAGAUCUUUGAGACACCACCUUCGACAGACUCCGAUAAGGAGAAGUUGGUUGACAUAAUUCAGGACUGGAAAACAGAGAGAUACAAAGAAAUAAUAAAAUCUGGAACUGUGGAUCCCAGACCUGGAGUUUUGCAGCUAAUGGAUGAAGUAAAGGGUGCGGGUAUCAAGCUUGCGGUUUGCUCUGCAGCAACUAAAAGUUCUGUCAUAAUGUGCCUCGAAAAUCUUAUUGGACUUGAGCGAUUUAAUGGACUGGAUUGCUUCCUCGCUGGAGAUGAUGUUAAACUAAAGAAGCCGGAUCCAACAAUAUAUAUUACAGCAGCAAAGAAAUUAGGUGUGGAAAGCAAGAACUGUCUUGUGGUGGAGGACAGUGUUAUUGGAUUACUAGCGGCAAAAGGAGCUGGGAUGUCAUGUAUAAUAACAUAUACACCUUCAACGGCUAGCCAAGAUUUCAAGGAUGCAAUUGCUACCUAUCCUGACCUUAGUAACGUGAGGCUUGAGGGCCUCAAGCUAUUGCUCCAGAAAUCUCUUGUUACUGGAUAGUGAAGUGUCUUGUUUUCCUCAAGAAAUACAUUGACAAAUUUUUUUCAUGCACUAUAAGCCAUGUGGCCGAUGAACGGUGGAAUACCAGGUGAAUCCAAGCAGUCAUCUUGGUCGGUGUUGGAUGCAGGAACACAUAUGAUUCUUCAGAUAUUAUGAUACUGCGAACCUUGUCCACGUUGUUGGUUGUUGUGCAUAGGAUGAUUCAUGCAACCAGCAGGCGGUCAACUAGAUAGUUACAACCGCUUAAACUAUUGUUGUCAGAGAGUGAAAUACAAUUGUCGAAAAUAUAUUGCCGUAAAUUAAAAAAAACGAAAUGUUCCUCGUGUACUAAA